UAACUUAGAUUUGAGUUCUUGAGUUGGGUGGCAGGUACGUGGAUGUUCAUUCUAUUAUUUUGCUUUGACUUUAAAACGUGUUGCAAAUAACUGUUGUAUGUAACAAUUAAUAUAUUUAAAAAUAGCAAAGGCAUAUUCUGGAGUCAGAGUUUGGGAGACAUGUCAUCACUUCUGCCCACACCCUCACUGCCACUUGAGCUCCUAAUGUCACUCAGUAUUUCACUAGAGGUCUCUUGUUUUAAAGUCUUCUGUCUGAUUAAGCCUUUGUCUGCCAUCAGAGAAGUAAGUCACUCAGGAACAACUUGUUGGAUGAAUAACUGAGUGAAUCGUUUGGGAGAAUAAUUUGAGAUUUUUCUUAGAAACCACCUAAGAAUUAGAUUUUUAGAAAUACUUUUCCUUCUACUUCUACCUGGGUUCUUAUAAGAAGUGAGAUAGACAGCAAAACUAGGUUACUGGUGCAUAAGUUUUUGAAUGAUAAUUAACUGUGUAUUUGAAGGCAAUAUUAUUGAUUGUUUGAACUAUCGUAAUAAUAUGAUCAAAGAGAUUAACAAAUGUAUGGCAAAAACAAAUAGUUGAUAAGAAAAGCAGAAUGUUGCUACAGAUGAAGCUAUUCUUAGGUAUAACGUUUUAGAGUUAGAAGGCCCAUGGGAAUUAGUCCAAGCUCCUCAUUUUUGAAUAAAGGAGCUCUUGGACCCAAGAAGUAAUUGAUUAAGAUCAUAGAACUUGUGGAGAGCAGAGUGAAGAAAGAACAGAACCUACAUCUCAUGAUUCGUGUACUAGUGUUUUCAUAUUGAAAUAAGGAAUGGUAAAUAAAAGAAACAUUUCGAUAUAUAAGGCAUGCUAAAUAACUCAAGGUUGGAUUAUAACCAUUGAGUGAGGAAUCAGUGUUUUCUGAUUUUAUUUUAGAACAAAUCAGUUCAGCUUUACACCACGUUUAUCUUUAGAUGCUUGGUGACUACACCUAGAGAAAUAACAUGUUUUUUUUUUGUCUUUUUUACUCAAAUUUGGUUCUCCAAAAAGAGACAUUGUGUUUGAUGUACAAAUGCAUACUGGAGUGGAAGUGGGAAGAAUUAGGUUCUGAAUGUGGCUCUGCCACUAAACAGCUGUGUUGUCACUGAUUCUUUCCAUAACUUGUCCCAGUCUCAUUUUCCUCACCAGUAAAAUGGAGAUGCUGAACCACGUGGUCUGUAGAGACCAGCUUUAAAUGACUAUAUUCUUCGUGGAUUUUGAAUAGCACAUUUUAUCUAUCUUAUUAAGUGUUGUCAUGUGUUCCACUAUUAAACCAUUAGCCACAAAUAAGGAGAUAAAGAGAGAAUCAAUAGAAAAUGAAUGACUCAUGAUACUAAAACAUAUUCUGAAAAUAAACUGGGUUUUCCUUCUUUUGCAUUCAUCACAGGUGUAAUACUUCUCCACAUCUGCUUCAGGAAGAAAGUGCCUGCCACUCCUACUGUUUCUACGCAGGUUCAUGCCAGCCCAGAACAGAGAAUCAGAGUUAGAAGUGUUUAUCACCAACCAGCCAAGAUGAACAUGGUGAAGAGGAUCAUGGGGCGGCCGAGGCAGGAGGAGUGCAGCCCGCAAGACAACGCCUUAGGCCUGAUGCACCUCCGCCGUCUCUUCACUGAGCUGUGCCACCCUCCCCGGCACAUGACUCAGAAGGAGCAAGAAGAGAAGCUGUACAUGAUGCUGCCAGUGUUUAACAGGGUUUUUGGAAAUGCUCCGCCAAAUACAAUGACAGAAAAAUUUUCUGAUCUUCUGCAGUUCACAACCCAGGUCUCACGACUGAUGGUGACAGAAAUUCGAAGGAGGGCAUCAAACAAAUCCACAGAAAAACAGUAUGCCCCGCUGUCCUCCAAGGAUUUCAAAGCCACAACACCUUCAGAGGCUGCAAGUCGGGCCAUAGUCCAAUUCCUGGAAAUCAAUCAGAGUGAAGAAGCUAGUAGAGGUUGGAUGCUUCUGACAACAAUUAAUUUGUUAGCAUCCUCUGGUCAGAAAACCGUGGACUGCAUGACAACGAUGUCAGUGCCUUCCACUCUGGUUAAAUGUUUAUAUCUCUUUUUUGACCUUCCACAUGUGCCUGAGGCGGUUGGAGGGGCACAGAAUGAGCUACCUCUAGCAGAACGUCGUGGACUACUCCAGAAAGUUUUUGUACAGAUCUUGGUGAAACUCUGCAGUUUUGUCUCUCCAGCGGAAGAGCUGGCUCAGAAGGAUGACCUCCAGCUUUUAUUCAGUGCAAUAACCUCUUGGUGCCCUCCCUAUAACCUGCCCUGGAGGAAGAGCGCCGGAGAAGUCCUGAUGACCAUCUCCCGCCACGGCCUCAGCGUCAACGUAGUCAAGUACAUUCAUGAAAAGGAGUGUUUAUCCACGUGUGUUCAGAAUAUGCAGCAGUCAGAGGACCUGUCUCCCCUAGAGAUUGUUGAAAUGUUUGCUGGACUUUCUUGUUUCCUCAAAGAUUCCAGUGACGUUUCUCAGACUCUCCUGGAUGAUUUUCGGAUAUGGCAAGGAUAUAAUUUCCUUUGUGAUCUCUUGCUUAGAUUGGAACAAGCAAAAGAGGCAGAAUCCAAAGAUGCCUUGAAAGAUCUGGUUAAUCUGAUAACUUCCCUAACAACAUAUGGUGUCAGUGAGCUCAAACCAGCUGGUGUUACCACAGGGGCACCCUUUUUAUUGCCUGGAUUUGCAGUACCUCAGCCUGCAGGCAAAGGUCACAGUGUGAGAAAUGUCCAGGCCUUUGCAGUUCUUCAGAAUGCAUUUUUAAAAGCAAAAACCAGCUUCCUUGCCCAAAUCAUCCUUGACGCCAUCACAAAUAUUUACAUGGCUGACAAUGCCAAUUAUUUCAUCCUAGAGUCACAGCACACACUGUCACAGUUUGCAGAAAAGAUUUCUAAACUCCCAGAAGUACAAAACAAAUACUUUGAGAUGCUAGAGUUUGUCGUUUUUAGCUUAAAUUAUAUCCCUUGUAAAGAACUUAUUAGUGUUAGCAUCCUCUUAAAAUCUAGCUCUUCUUACCACUGUAGCAUUAUUGCAAUGAAAACACUCCUUAAGUUUACACGGCAUGACUACAUAUUUAAAGACGUGUUCAGGGAGGUGGGCCUUCUGGAGGUCAUGGUAACCCUUUUGCACAAAUAUGCUGCCCUCUUGAAGGAUCCAACUCAGGCACUAAAUGAGCAAGUGGACUCAAGAAAUAAUAGUUCAGUUGAAGACCAAAAACACCUGGCCUUGUUGGUUAUGGAGACCUUGACAGUGCUUCUUCAAGGAUCAAACACAAAUGCAGGAAUUUUCCGAGAAUUUGGAGGUGCGAGGUGUGCGCAUAACAUAGUGAGGUAUCCUCAGUGCCGGCAGCAUGCCCUGAUGAUUAUCCAGCAGCUGGUGCUCUCUCCCAAUGGGGACGAUGACAUGGGCACUCUCCUGGGGUUGAUGCAUUCAGCCCCACCAAAAGAACUGCAGUUGAAGACAGACAUUUUAAGGGCCCUCCUAUCAGUCCUUCGAGAAAGCCAUCGUUCAAGAACAGUUUUUAGGAAAGUUGGAGGAUUUGUGUACAUUACGUCCUUGUUUGUUGCUAUGGAGAGAUCUUUGAGCUCACCCCCCAAGAGUGGCUGGGAGAAAGUGAACCAGAAUCAAGUGUUUGAACUUCUCCACACUGUGUUCUGCACAUUGACUGCAGCAAUGCGCUAUGAGCCAGCCAACUCUCAUUUCUUCAAAACAGAGAUUCAGUAUGAGAAGUUGGCAGAUGCCGUUCGAUUUCUUGGCUGCUUUUCAGACCUAAGAAAAAUAAGCCCCAUGAAUGUCUUCCCCUCAAAUACACAGCCAUUUCAAAGACUUCUAGAGGAAGACGUCAUCUCAAUGGACUCGGUGUCACCCACUUUACAGAACUGCAGUAAACUCUUUAUUUAUCUCUACAAAGUAGCCACAGAUUCUUUUGACAGUCGUGCAGAGCAGAUUCCUCCUUGCCUGACAAGUGAGUCUUCUCUCCCCUCUCCUUGGGGUACACCAGCUUUGUCCAGGAAAAGGCAUGCAUAUCAUGCUGUUUCAACUCCCCCCAUUUGCCCUCCUAAAAAUGUUGCUGACCUGAAACUACAUGUGGCAGCUUCAUCGCUCCAGAGUUCUGAUGCCGUUGUCAUCCACCCUGGAGCCAUGCUCGCUAUGCUGGACCUGCUAGCCUCUGUUGGGUCCAUGACACAGCCAGAACAUGCUUUGGACCUUCAACUUGCCGUGGCAAAUAUUUUACAAUCCCUGGUGCAUACAGAAAGAAACCAACAGGUCAUGUGUGAAGCUGGUCUUCAUGCACGAUUGCUGCAGCGCUGCAGUGCUGCGCUGGCUGACGAGGACCACUCGCUGCACCCGCCCCUCCAGCGCAUGUUUGAACGAUUAGCCUCGCAGGCCCUGGAGCCCAUGGUGCUGAGGGAGUUUUUGCGUUUGGCAAGUCCAUUGAAUUGUGGUGCCUGGGACAAAAAACUGCUAAAACAGUAUCGGGUCCACAAACCAAGUUCACUGAGUUAUGAGCCAGAGAUGACAAGUAGUAUGGUCACAUCUCUGGAAGGUCUGGGUUCUGAUAAUGUUUUCAGCUUACAUGAAGAUAACCAUUACCGGAUAAGCAAGAGCCUGGUGAAAUCUGCAGAAGGAAGUACUGUGCCCCUAACCAGGGUGAAGUGUCUGGUCUCCAUGACAACCCCACAUGACAUCCGACUUCAUGGGUCAUCAGUUACUCCAGCUUUUGUUGAAUUUGACACAUCCCUAGAAGGGUUUGGCUGCCUGUUCCUGCCCAGCUUGGCCCCUCAUAACGCCCCUACAAACAAUGCCGUCACAACAUGUCUUACUGAUGGGGCUGUGGUCAGUGGCAUUGGUUCUGGUGAAAGAUUGUUCCCUCCUCCGUCUGGCUUAAGCUACUCCAGCUGGUUUUGUAUUGAACAUUUUAGUUCCCCUCCAAAUAACCACCCUGUCAGACUGCUAACUGUUGUGCGCCGAGCAAAUUCUUCGGAGCAGCAUUACGUGUGCCUUGCCGUCGUUCUGUCAGCAAAAGACCGAUCCCUGAUUGUCUCCACCAAAGAGGAGCUGCUCCAGAACUAUGUUGAUGAUUUUAGUGAAGAAUCUUCUUUUUAUGAGAUUCUCCCGUGCUGUGCUCGCUUUCGAUGUGGAGAGCUUAUAGUUGAGGGACAGUGGCAUCAUCUGGUUCUGGUGAUGAGCAAAGGCAUGCUGAAAAACAGUACUGCAGCCCUUUAUAUUGAUGGACAACUUGUUAACACUGUGAAGCUUCACUAUGUUCACAGUACUCCGGGGGGUUCAGGUUCUGUAAACCCACCGGUGGUUAGCACAGUCUAUGCGUACAUUGGUACUCCACCUGCCCAACGCCAAAUUGCUUCAUUGGUUUGGCGCCUGGGACCCACACAUUUUCUGGAAGAAGUUUUACCUCCUUCAAAUGUGACUACCAUUUACGAACUAGGACCAAAUUAUGUUGGAAGUUUUCAGGCCGUAUGUAUGCCAUGUAAAGAUGCAAAAUCCGAAGGUGUCAUCCCAUCUCCUGUGUCAUUAGUACCAGAAGAAAAGGUGUCAUUUGGCCUCUCUGCUCUCUCUGUGUCUUCUCUAACAGUGGCAAGAAUCCGGAAAGUGUACAACAAGUUGGACAGCAAAGCCAUUGCCAAGCAGUUAGGCGUUUCCUCCCAUGAAAAUGCCACUCCUGUGAAGUUGAUACACAAUGCAGCAGGACAUCUUAAUGGACCUGCACGGACAGUUGGGGCCACUCUGAUUGGGUACUUGGGAGUAAGAACAUUUGUUCCUAAGCCUGUUGCCACUACUUUGCAGUACAUCGGUGGAGCUGCAGCCAUCCUGGGCCUGGUGGCCAUGGCUUCUGAUGUGGAAGGGCUGUAUGCAGCAGUCAAGGCCCUGGUUUGUGUAGUCAAGAGUAACCCACUAGCCAGCAAAGAAAUGGAAAGAAUCAGGGGCUACCAGUUGCUGGCAAUGCUGCUUAAGAAGAAACGUUCCCUUCUUAACAGCCACAUUCUCCAUCUAACUUUUUCCUUGGUGGGAACUGUUGAUAGUGGACAUGAGACCUCCAUUAUUCCCAAUUCAACCGCUUUCCAGGAUCUACUUUGUGAUUUCGAUGUCUGGCUCCAUGCACCGUAUGAACUUCAUCUUUCCUUAUUUGAACACUUUAUUGAACUGCUCACAGAGUCCAGUGAAGCUUCGAAGAAUGCCAAAUUAAUGAGGGAGUUCCAGCUAAUCCCAAAGCUGCUACUGACUCUUCGAGAUAUGUCUUUAUCCCAGCCUACCAUUGCUGCUAUUAGUAAUGUGCUGAGCUUCUUACUGCAAGGUUUUCCCAACAGCAAUGAUCUGCUCAGGUUUGGCCAGUUUAUUUCUUCUACUUUACCAACCUUUGCAGUUUGUGAAAAAUUUGUCAUUAUGGAAAUAAAGAAUGAAGAGAAGCUUGACACUGGAACUGAAGAAGAGUUUGGUGGUCUUGUAUCUGCCAAUCUUAUUCUUUUGAGGAACAGACUUCUAGAUAUCUUGCUAAAACUAGUUUACACAUCUAAAGAAAAGACAAGCAUUAAUUUGCAAGCUUGUGAAGAACUGGUCAAGACCCUGGGUUUUGACUGGAUUAUGAUGUUUAUGGAAGAACACUUGCAUUCCACCACAGUUACGGCAGCCAUGAGGAUCCUUGUCGUCCUGCUGAGUAAUCAGUCUAUUCUCAUCAAGUUUAAAGAAGGACUCAGUGGUGGAGGGUGGCUGGAACAGACAGAUGCUGUCUUAACUAAUAAGAUCGGAACAGUGUUAGGAUUCAAUGUGGGCAGGAGUGCUGGUGGGAGAUCGACAGUCAGGGAGAUUAACCGGGAUGCUUGUCAUUUUCCUGGUUUUCCAGUUCUUCAGUCCUUCCUCCCUAAACACACUAAUGUCCCUGCCCUCUAUUUUCUCCUCAUGGCAUUGUUUCUGCAGCAGCCAGUUAGUGAGCUGCCUGAGAACCUGCAGGUCAGUGUGCCUGUCAGCAGCAGCCGAUGUAAGCAGGGUUGCCAGUUUGAUUUAGAUUCCAUUUGGACAUUUAUCUUUGGAGUUCCUGCCUCCAGUGGAACUGUGGUCUCUUCUAUCCAUAAUGUGUGCACAGAAGCUGCUUUUUUAUUACUGGGAAUGCUCCGCAGCAUGCUGAAUUCACCUUGGCAAUCAGAAGAAGAGGGCUCUUGGCUCCGAGAGUACCCUGUGACGCUGAUGCAGUUCUUUAGAUACUUGUAUCACAACGUUCCCGACCUGGCCUCCAUGUGGAUGAGCCCUGAUUUCCUGUGCGCAUUAGCAGCCACGGUCUUCCCCUUCAACAUUCGCCCUUACUCAGAGAUGGUGACUGAUCUCGAUGAUGAAGUUGGAUCUCCAGCGGAAGAAUUUAAAGCCUUUGCUGCGGACACAGGGAUGAACAGAAGCCAGUCGGAGUACUGCAACGUGGGCGUCAAGACCUAUCUGACCAAUCACCCAGCUAAGAAGUUUGUGUUUGACUUCAUGCGGGUCUUGAUAAUAGACAACCUCUGUCUUACCCCGGCCAGCAAGCAGACUCCACUAAUUGAUCUUCUGUUGGAGGCUUCCCCUGAAAGAUCUACGAGAACUCAGCAAAAAGAAUUUCAGACUUACAUUCUGGAUAGUGUGAUGGACCAUUUGCUUGCGGCUGAUGUGUUAUUGGGAGAAGAUGCAUCUCUGCCUAUUACCAGUGGAGGAAGCUACCAGAUAUUGGUGAACAAUGUGUUUUAUUUCACACAACGUGUGGUGGACAAGCUUUGGCAAGGCAUGUUCAACAAAGAAUCUAAACUUCUUAUAGAUUUUAUAAUUCAACUAAUUGCACAGUCAAAAAGAAGAUCCCAGGGAUUGUCACUGGAUGCGGUUUACCACUGCCUCAACAGGACUGUCUUGUACCAGUUUUCACGGGCACACAAAACCGUGCCGCAGCAGGUGGCUCUCCUCGACUCGCUCCGGGUCCUGACUGUGAACAGGAACUUGAUCCUGGGGCCCGGGAACCACGACCAAGAGUUCAUCAGCUGCCUGGCUCACUGCCUUAUCAAUCUACAUGUUGGAAGCAACGUGGAUGGAUUUGGACUAGAAGCAGAAGCUCGCAUGACUACAUGGCACAUUAUGAUCCCCUCUGACAUAGAACCAGAUGGUGGCUACAGCCAAGAUAUUAGCGAAGGGCGUCAGCUUCUCAUAAAAGCUGUCAACAGAGUUUGGACUGAAUUGAUACAUAGUAAGAAACAAGUCUUGGAGGAGCUUUUCAAAGUCACUCUACCUGUGAACGAAAGGGGCCACGUGGACAUAGCUGUGGCAAGGCCGCUCAUUGAAGAAGCUAGUUUGAAGUGCUGGCAGAAUCAUUUGGCCCAUGAAAAGAAAUGCAUAAGUCGAGGAGAAGCCUUAGUGCCCACCACCCAAUCCAAGCUGUCUCGUGUCAGCAGCGGCUUUGGUCUGUCCAAGUUAACAGGGUCGAGAAGGAAUCGGAAGGAGAGUGGUCUGAAUAAACACAGUCUUUCCACCCAGGAGAUUUCUCAGUGGAUGUUUACGCAUAUCGCUGUUGUUCGCGACUUAGUGGACACACAGUAUAAGGAGUAUCAGGAGCGUCAGCAAAAUGCCCUGAAGUAUGUGACGGAAGAGUGGUGCCAAAUCGAGUACGAACUGUUGCGGGAGCGAGGGUUAUGGGGUCCCCCCAUUGGUUCCCAUCUAGACAAGUGGAUGCUGGAGAUGACAGAAGGACCCUGCAGAAUGAGGAAAAAAAUGGUGCGAAAUGACAUGUUUUAUAACCAUUAUCCUUACGUGCCAGAAACAGAACAAGAGACAAAUGUGGCGUCUGAGAUCCCAAGUAAACAGCCUGAGACACCCGAUGAUAUCAUUCCUCAAAAGAAACCUGCUCGAUACAGAAGAGCCAUAAGUUAUGACAGUAAAGAAUACUACAUGCGACUAGCCUCUGGCAAUCCAGCCAUUGUCCAAGAUGCCAUUGUAGAGAGUUCAGAAGGCGAAGCUACUCAGCAAGAACCAGAGCAUGGUGAAGACACUAUCGCUAAAGUCAAAGGUCUGGUCAAGCCUCCUCUAAAACGGUCUCGAUCUGCACCUGAUGGAGGAGAUGAGGAGAACCAGGAGCAGCUGCAAGACCAGAUUGCUGAGGGCAGCUCCAUAGAAGAGGAGGAGAAAACGGACAAUGCCACGCUCCUGCGCCUGUUAGAGGAAGGAGAAAAGAUCCAACACAUGUACCGCUGUGCUCGAGUCCAGGGCCUAGAUACCAGUGAGGGGCUGCUGCUUUUUGGUAAAGAACAUUUUUAUGUGAUUGAUGGAUUUACAAUGACAGCAACCAGGGAAAUAAGAGAUAUUGAAACUUUACCUCCAAAUAUGCAUGAGCCGAUUAUCCCUAGAGGAGCCAGGCAAGGCCCCAGUCAACUCAAGAGGACAUGCAGCAUCUUUGCCUAUGAAGAUAUCAAGGAGGUCCAUAAAAGGAGGUAUCUCCUGCAGCCUAUUGCUGUGGAAGUUUUCUCUGGAGAUGGACGGAAUUACCUCCUUGCUUUUCAGAAAGGAAUUAGAAAUAAAGUCUAUCAAAGGUUUUUGGCUGUGGUGCCAUCUCUGACUGACAGUUCAGAGUCUGUGUCUGGGCAACGACCGAACACAAGUGUGGAGCAGGGAUCUGGGUUGCUUAGCACUUUGGUUGGAGAGAAGUCUGUAACUCAGAGAUGGGAGAGAGGUGAAAUCAGCAACUUCCAGUAUCUGAUGCACUUGAACACUUUGGCUGGCAGGUCGUAUAAUGACCUCAUGCAGUAUCCCGUCUUCCCCUGGAUCCUUGCAGAUUACGACUCAGAGGAGGUAGAUCUUACUAAUCCCAAGACAUUUAGAAACCUGGCUAAGCCAAUGGGAGCACAGACAGAUGAACGAUUAGCUCAAUAUAAGAAGCGGUAUAAAGACUGGGAAGAUCCUAAUGGAGAAACUCCUGCCUACCACUAUGGCACCCACUACUCAUCUGCAAUGAUUGUGGCUUCAUACCUAGUAAGGAUGGAGCCUUUCACACAGAUAUUCUUGAGACUACAGGGAGGCCACUUUGACCUGGCUGACCGGAUGUUUCACAGUGUGCGCGAGGCCUGGUAUUCAGCGUCAAAGCACAACAUGGCAGACGUAAAAGAACUUAUCCCAGAAUUUUUUUACUUACCAGAAUUCCUGUUCAAUUCCAACAAUUUUGAUCUAGGCUGUAAACAAAAUGGCACCAAGCUUGGAGAUGUUAUCCUUCCACCCUGGGCCAAGGGGGACCCACGAGAAUUCAUCCGAGUCCACCGCGAGGCUUUGGAAUGUGAUUACGUGAGUGCCCAUCUGCAUGAGUGGAUUGACUUAAUCUUUGGCUAUAAACAGCAAGGCCCUGCUGCAGUAGAAGCUGUAAAUGUCUUCCAUCAUCUUUUUUAUGAGGGUCAAGUAGAUAUCUACAACAUAAAUGACCCACUAAAGGAAACAGCCACCAUAGGGUUCAUUAAUAACUUCGGUCAGAUCCCUAAACAGUUAUUUAAAAAACCGCAUCCACCAAAGCGAGUGAGGAGUCGACUGAACGGAGACAGUGCAGGAAUCUCGGUCCCACCGGGAUCUACAAGUGACAAGAUCUUUUUCCACCACCUGGACAACUUGAGGCCUUCUCUUACACCUGUAAAAGAACUCAAAGAGCCUGUGGGACAAAUAGUGUGUACAGAUAAAGGCAUUCUUGCUGUAGAACAGAACAAGGUUCUCAUCCCACCAACCUGGAACAAAACGUUUGCUUGGGGCUACGCAGACCUCAGCUGCCGGCUAGGAACCUAUGAGUCAGACAAGGCAGUGACUGUCUAUGAGUGUUUGUCUGAGUGGGGCCAGAUUCUCUGUGCAAUCUGCCCCAACCCCAAGCUGAUCAUCACGGGUGGAACGAGCACAGUGGUGUGCGUGUGGGAGAUGGGCACCUCGAAAGAAAAGGCUAAGACCCUCACUCUGAAACAGGCCUUACUUGGCCACACCGAUACUGUUACCUGUGCCACAGCAUCAUUAGCCUAUCACAUAAUUGUCAGCGGGUCCCGUGACCGAACGUGCAUCAUUUGGGACCUGAACAAACUAUCGUUCCUAACCCAGCUCCGAGGCCAUCGAGCUCCGGUUUCUGCUCUUUGUAUCAAUGAAUUAACAGGAGACAUUGUGUCCUGCGCGGGCACGUAUAUCCAUGUGUGGAGCAUCAAUGGGAACCCUAUCGUGAGUGUAAACACAUUCACAGGUAGGAGCCAGCAGAUUGUCUGCUGCUGCGUGUCAGAGAUGAACGAGUGGGAUACACAGAACGUCAUAGUGACGGGACACUCGGAUGGCGUGGUUCGGUUUUGGAGAAUGGAAUUUUUGCAAGUUCCUGAAACACCAGCUCCUGAGCCUGUCGAAGUCCUAGAAAUGCAGGAAGACUGUCCAGAAGCACAAAUAGGGCAGGAAGCUCAGGACGAGGACAGCAGUGAUUCAGAAGCGGAUGAGCAGAGCCUCAGCCAGGACCCCAAGGACACGCCCAGUCAGCCCAGCAGCACCAGCCACAGGCCCCGGGCAGCUUCCUGCCGAGCAACAGCCACCUGGUGUAACGACAGUGGCUCCGAUGACUCCAGGCGCUGGUCCGACCAGCUCAGUCUAGAUGAGAAAGAUGGCUUCAUAUUUGUGAACUAUUCAGAGGGCCAGACCAGGGCCCAUCUGCAGGCUCCCCUUAACCACCCCCACCCCAACCCCAUGGAAGUACGGCAUUACAGCAGAUUGAAGCCUGGGUACCGGUGGGAACGGCAGCUGGUGUUCAGGAGUAAGCUAACUAUGCACACAGCCUUCGAUCGGAGGGACAACGCACACCCAGCAGAGAUCACCGCCCUGGGUGUCUCCAAGGAUCACAGUAGGAUCCUCGUUGGUGACAGUCGAGGCCGAGUUUUCAGCUGGUCUGUGAGUGACCAGCCAGGCCAUUCUGCUGCUGACCACUGGGUGAAGGAUGAAGGAGGCGACAGCUGUUCAGGCUGCUCGGUGAGGUUUUCUCUCACAGAAAGACGGCACCAUUGCAGGAACUGCGGUCAGCUCUUCUGCCAGAAGUGCAGUCGAUUUCAAUCAGAAAUCAAACGCUUGAAAAUCUCAUCCCCAGUGCGUGUUUGUCAGAACUGUUAUUACAACUUACAGCACGAGAGGGGUUCAGAAGAUGGGCCUCGAAAUUGUUGAAGAUGCAGCAAGUCGAUUGGAGACCACGGUCUGUAGACCCCCUUCCUGAUUCCCCGUCACAGCUCGCACCUCGGAAGGCAUCGAAACAGUCUCCGUUUACACAUCUCUUCAUACCAUGUGUCUGAAGUAUUGAAUUCAAAGGGAUCAUUGAAUAAACGGGUGUAGAGUGCGGUAAUGGGGCGGACGCUAUUCAGGUGAACAGCACAAGAAGACUAUGAGGUGGUUCCUAGGAGCAACAUUUUCAAUAUCCGGUUCUCCCUGUUCACAACAGCUGUCUCCAAGAGAAAAUCCUCACUGUUGACUGUCUUUUCUCAUGUCGCAUUUUUGUAGAGCUACUCAUCCUUAUUUGGAAAAAACAACAACAACAAAAAAAGGCUUUUAGAAAAUGGUUGUAAAUCUAUCUUCUUUGCAAGUAACUGUGUAUAUUGUAAAUAGGUAUAAAGGCCUUUUUUCUAAAUAAGGACUUAACUGCCUGUAACAUGAGACUUCAAACUAAACGACUAACUCAAUGAACGACUUAUGGUUUGUCUGACGUCUCUCACCAAUUAAUUAUAAAUAUGUUUUUUUAAAUCCUCAAAGACAUUAUCUGUGGUCUUUUUUUUACCCCCUUUCAAAGCCAGCCUGUGUGCCCGAUGUCCUUUCUUUCAAGUUGCCCACAGUAUCUCCACUUAAACUAGGCUAGUAACCAAAAUAACAUGGACCUUCUUUAGGAAACAGUGUGGGAGAAUAAGAGUCGGGCUGUAAGAUGCCCUGGAAAUGUUUGGGCGUCUUGCACCUGGCUACACACCACCUCAGUGUUGUUCCUCUGUCGUGAGGCCCCUGUAAACGUCUGUGUGGACUGCCGUUUGGUCGUAGCUCACCUUCUUAGCAUUGACAGCGGUGGUCAGGUGAUGGAUGCAAUGCAGGAACCAGCCCUGCCUCAACUAAUGGGAAUGUAUUUGCAUGUAACCCAAAUUAGCUUCUCUUGCAUAGAACAGAGUAAGCAUGUGUCCUUGGUGACACUAAUGUUCUACCGUAGCUUAUUUUCAAAAAAGGGGAAAAAAGGAAAAAAUUGUACAGAAUUAACAUAUAAACCUUGUUGUAAAACUGGAUCAUGUCAGAACUGCUUAUAAUUAACCUUUACCAUUUAAUGCCAUCUACCUGAAAACAGUGAGAUUUAUACUGUAUCAAUGUCUAUUUUUUUGUUUUUGCUAUGAAUAUAAUUACAGUAUUUUAAUAUUUAGUUAUUUAAUUUGUUCUACUAGUUGGAUACAGAACACACAAAUCCAGGGAGACUAAAGCUGGUGGGGGCUAAGAGAUAAGUUUAGUUUACAGAAAAAAAGGCUUUGGUGGUGGGAUUUUUUUAAAUGUGUGUUGUGUACAUAUAUAAAUAUAUAUAUAAAACAAAUGAAACGAUUAAUCUAGAUUUUAACAUUUUCAGAUAUUUAGUGAUAAUAUUAUGAACAAUUCUAAAAGCCCUGUGAUUUGAAAAAUGUAGAAUCAUUUAUGGCCCAAGAAAGGAAGGACAGGCCUUCAUGCCAUCGUGGAGGCAUCUCACAAAGGACAGUGGCUUCGGCUUUCCCGACUCUUCAUCUUUAGGCCCUGGUGACAGGCACACUUAUGCACUAAAAUGCACAUAUAUGCACAUGCGUUCAAAAAUAGGCAUUGGUACAAUAGUAACCUUGUACCUAAUGGGCUGAAACCAGCUUAAGAACAGAUUGGUUCUUCCUGAUAACUAGGUCUCCAAGAGAAAAUAUAAAGGCUGCUUUUAGUGCCUUAUGCUUACUAAAUUGACACCUUUAUUUACCUAGGUGUGAGCCUACAGUCUAUUUAUGAUUACCUAUCAAAAUUGAUUAAAACACUUCCAUUUCUAAAAGUUCAAAUAUACUUGUUAAUAAAAGGAUUAUUGGCAUUAAUACUUUAACUUGAAGAAAAGUUGUGUUCUGUUUUCCUUUCUGUGUCUCACUCCUCCCCACGCUCCCCCCGCCCCCCCGCCCCACCCAUCUUCCUUCAGUCUGAUAAAUAAUGCUGGAUGUUCACCAGCUGCAGGAAUUGUGCUGUCCCAUAACCACGGGCUCUGCCCCCGUCCGGCCCUAUUGAUGAGUUGUAGCAGUGUUAUUCUACACUUUUUUAAAGAAGCAUCCUCCUCUUGUCCAUGAACCAUGUUCACCCCAAACCCAGUGGCAGAGGUGUUCUUUAAAGACUUGAAUAUAUGAAUGUGUGUAUGUAGUUAAAGGUUAUUCCUCUAUGUAAUAUGAAGUUAUAUGGGAUGAACACUUUUAAACUUUCCGACACAACUUCCAUAACUAGAAGGUGGAAACCAAAACCCUCAUGAUAGUAUUUCCUCUGGCAGCUGGUGCUGUGGGCAACUGUUUUGUUCAGUGGGGUUUCUUUUCUUUUUGCUUCUAAUGCAGAAAUCACGAAUCACUCACACAUACAAGUGCACUCACAUACAUAAACUAAUUGUUCCUCUGGAUGUCUUUCCGUGUUCCAUGGGUAUUUGUUUACUGACAUAUCUUAGCAUGUACAUCCACCUUUCUGUGGUCUCUAUUCUUUCUCUGAGAGUACCUCCCAGGGCUCCCGCCUGAUCUUUGUAGUUCGUUUGUUCAUCCAUCCAUCCAUCCCUCCCUCCCUCCAUCCCUUCAUUCAUCCAUGUGUCCUAACAUUCAUGUGUCGUGUGCAGCUGUCAUGUCAUGCCUCCGCAGAGAAUAGCUGCCUGUAGCAGCCCAUCCAUCUGGACAAUAGCAAAACCCUCUAGAUAAGUUAUUUUGCACUUUCUUAUGUAUAAAGUUGGUAGAAACUUAUUUUUGCUUUGUAUCAUUUAAAUACAUUUUGUUUUGGUAAAUGAACUGUGUAUAAAAUAUUUAUGCCGUUAAAACUGUUUUUAGAAAGUAUUUUUAAUUUCAGCAAGUUUGGUUACUUGUUGCAUGACUAUUAACACAGCUGACUUUUUGUGUCAGUGCAAUGUAUAUUUUUUUGUCCUGUUAUUAACUUGUAAGCCCUAGUAAUGGCCAAUUAUUUGUACAGCAACAGAAGUAAAUUGAAGAUACUGGCUAAGACUGGACUGAUUGUGGACUUUUGUACUAUAUUGCAGAAUCUAAUAUCUGUUCUUUGGUGGUUAUGUAAAAGGCCUGAAGAAUUACUAUCUAGUGUGCAAUCUGUGAUAACUGAAUGUUCAUUGUAUAUCUGUCUCUGAUGCAAAAAGGUAGAGUAACACAAUUACAAUACAUGAUUAAAUGCA